AUGAACGGCCUCUUGCACACCAACUCGCUUCCGCCGCACCUAUUGAACAGCCGCCUCUCCCCUUCCCGUGACGCAUACAACCAGCACCACGCCGCCGCAAACAUGUCUUCCCGCAAGCGCAAAGCAUCCGAGGAGCCCGUCGACCACGACAUGUCGCCCUCGCCUUCUGCCUCACCCCACAACUCCUCUCGUCCGCGCAUCACAAAGCGCACGCGCACUGGCGCCGCCAACGGCCGACCGCUCGCCCUGCCCCGCUUGCUCGAGACUCUCUCCGCCGAUCAGAUGCGGCAACUCUUGCAAAAUGUCUGCGACCAACAUCCUGACCUUCAGCACGAGAUCGUCACUCGUGCCCCACGACCCUCGAUCGAGUCCACCCUCUCCGUACUCUCCCGAUAUGAAAAUGCUUUUCGGGAAUCCUUCCCCCUCGGCAACCGCACCACAUCCGACUACGCCUACAACCGAGUACGACACCACCUUCUCCAGCUGAUUGAAGCCGUGCGGGAAUACACACCACACUUCCUCCCUCCCCACGAGACACAGGAUGCUCAAUCUCUCACAUAUCUCGACUCGGUCACGAACAUGAUCCACCGCCUGCCGGAUUGGGACACCUAUCUGCAUCAGCGACACAAGGACGAGGCAUAUGAUGAGAUUGCCAAGGCGUGGGCGCUGGUCAUUCGAGAAGCGGCGAAGCGAGCGGGAGGAUUCCACUUGCAAUUCGGCGGUUGGGAUCACAAGCUGGUGGAGCACAACCAGAAGAGCCGAGGACGUAUGGAGGAAGCUGUGAAUGAACUCAAGGCAGCCACGGGAUUUCUCGCUCAAAACACUGCAUCUCCAGGCACACAGGGCGCGAGUGAUGAGCGGGCGAGCAUACGGCAGCAGCUCUUUUCAGGUACAUACGGACAGCAACUGGGCGUGGGUAAGGGUUGGUGA